AAUUAAAAUUUUUAAUAAUAAUUUCAAAUAAAUGCUCAAUUAGGUUGAGCUCAGGUUACAGUUCCAAAAAAUUAUGUUUGUCAAAAAAUUAUGUUAGAAGAUGACAAAAAGCUUGUCGAAAUGCAUGGUGCCCCAUUUUGAUUAUUUUGAUACUAUUAAUAUUUUAGUGAUCGCGUAUAUAUAUUUUGUACUAAGAAUAUGCAACUACAUUACUGGUCAUUCACUACCGAUUUGUCAAAAGAAAUAUUUUGAUUUCUACAUAUUCUCUAAUUUCUCUAAUUAAUAAAGUAUAUAUUUGAAAAUGAAUUAAGAAUUUUUUUCUUAAAUCUAUCACACAACUUGUGAAAACAAUACGUAUGCUUUUUGGUACUAGGUUUUUGAACUGACAUUUUCUAGAAAGAAGACAUUUAGUUUUCUCGUAAAUAAAAUUAUCCUUGUCCUGUAGUUUUUUACUCUCAACCAUAGAUAAUAAUAUAUAACUAAUAAUAUAUUUUUUAUGUUCUCAACCUAUAUUUUGUUCAUUUUCGAUAAAUCAGCAUACUGUCAAUUAAAAUAGUGAGUAGUCAAGCGAAUUCAUUAUAAUCACUUGGAAACAUAGUCGCGACUCGCAACGUUAUUAAUUGUAUUUCGUACACUUCAUUGUUUUAGCUGUUCAGUUUUUUUUAGAUUUAAAGCAUGUUGCGAAAAAUAAUGAAAAGAAAUUAGAUAAUUAUUGUAAAAAUAUAUAAAAUUAUAAGUAAAUAAUUUAAUAAUGUUUUUAGAAAGUGAUAUUAAAGAUAGUUUUAAGAAUGAUGAGGCAUUGGAACUGAAAGUUAAAGAAAUAACUAAAGACUUAAAAGAUGGUAAAUAUGAUAUUUCCAACUUUGUGGAGAGUAUAGGAUUUGCUUUAACUUCAAGCGCUAUUGAAGAUCGAGUUAAUGGUACACGUUUAUUAUCAGCAGUUUUGAAUGGCAUUCCUGAAGAUGCUUUGUCUGAUGGACAAGUAAAGUUUAUUGUAGAUUUUUAUUGCGACCGAAUCAAAGAUCAUCAUAACGUUUAUCCCCACAUUAUCAAUGGACUACUAUCUAUUAUUCAAAUGAAAAACCUGCCCGAAGGAAGUGUCACUAAAAUUUAUGUAGCAUUUUUCCAAAAUCUUGCAUGUCAAAGUCAAAUUCGUUCCGAUAGAGAGAAAAUAUUUAAAAUUUUUAAAAUAACAUCCGAGAAAAACUCAAAGGAACUUAUCAAAAUGGGUGGCGAUUUUUUAUAUGGGGUUAUAAAUGCAAUAGAUGGGGAAAGAGACCCAAGAAAUUUGGAAUUCAUAUUUAACUUUAUGCCAGAAUUCAUAAAUAAAUACCCAUUAUUACAUUUGGCAGAAGAAAUGUUCGAAAUCUUUGCGUGUUAUUUUCCAAUUGAUUUCAAUCCUUCAAAGACCGAUCCAAGUUCUAUAACAAGAGAUAACUUAGCAAAUUCUCUCUGUAACUGUUUAGUAGCUAGCUCGGAAUUCAUAAAAUUUGCUGUUCCACUUGCACUUGAAAAAUUGGAGAGUGAUUUAAUAACGGCAAAGUUAGAUUCAAUGGAGUUGUUGGUAAAAUACUUUGUAUUAUAUUGUCUAUCAUUUAGCGCUUACUUUUUGUAUUUUCAGGAAAGAAUUUCAAAAAAAUUUCCCAUAAAAUUGAUAGAGCCUCAUUUUGAAGAAAUAUGGAACACAUUAAAAGGAGAGAUUUAUCCUGGAAGUGAUAAUCAAGAAAUAAUUGCCAAGGGCCUUAAAACCUUAAAAUCAAUUUUAGAAAACGCAUGCAACGAUACCAAUAUAAGCAAAAGUUUCCAAACAACUGUGUUGGGAACUAUUUUAUGUCACCUCAGUGAUGUAACCCAUCGUAUGUUUGCUCCUUCUAAAUCAAUAGCUCUUGUUUGCAUAGUAGGAGAUCCAAUUUUUGCAACAGAUAAAGUAUUGAAUUGUUUGAUUUUAAAAUUAAAAUCCGACGAUUGUGAUGAUGAACAAAAGUGCAAAAUUCUUUCGACAAUUUCUAAUAUUAUGAAUAUUAUUUCGUCAAAAAAAUGUUUUAAGGAAGUUGGCCAAGAUGUUUUAUCAUUAUUAGAAACGGAAUUAAUGAAAUUAGUUGUUUGUGGAACUCAUAACAAUGAACUUAUUGUAAUACUAUUCAACUGUGUAACAGAUGCUUUUGAAAUAUUCAGUUUAGAAAGUCGCACCUUAAUAUAUAAAUCUCUUUUAAAUAUAAUGACUAUUUGCAACUUGAAUUUUGGGCAAAAUUUAAAAAAGAUAGCACAACUUUUUCCAAUUGAAAUUAAAGAUUUGUUAAUAAAUCCAUUAAUGCAGCAGUUUAACUCUUUAACACCGGAAGUUAAAGAACACCUUUACCUUAAUUUGAAGCCACUUGUUGAAUUUGAUGAACUUAGACUUAUUAUUUUACAACUGAUUAUUGAUAACACCAUAAAUUCUGAACAUAUUAAUGAAAAACAGGCUGCCUUAAAUGCUUUAAAAGCAGUAAUUGAUGACCAAAGUGAGGAAAAUACAAUAAUAAAGGAAUUGUUGCACGAUUUCAAAAUACUGGAAACGUUAUGUAACUACACGAAAAAGCAUUCUGAAUUAUCAAUUGAAAUUUUAGAGGAAAUUUCUUCAGUUUUGAAUAUUUUUGUACGGAAAUUAUCUUUAAAUGAUCAAAAACUUGUUCUUGAUAAUAAUUUGCCUAAAAUGAAUCUUAAUUUAACUACUGAUUUGUUUAUAACGAAAGGUAUUUUAGGAUUUAUGCAUGAAAGCGUUAGUACUGAUGCUUACUUUGAUAGUUUAUUACAAGAUCUUACGACAUUAGCUUUAGAGAAAGAUGAUCCAAUAUUAUGUAAUGCGUGUCAUCAUUUGAUAUGCACUUUACUAAACAAAGCUGAGGAAAAUGAAAAUAACAGAAGCUCCUUGAAAAAAGUUCUUUAUAAAUUAAAAGAAGAAAUUAAGAAGGAAAAUGAGAAAGCUGUAAAAAUUUUAUCUUGGAUAGCAAAAGGACUUACUGUAAGAGGACAUCCUGAUGCUGCCGAGAUCGUAGAAACUUUAUCUGAACUAUUAAAUCAUCCAACAUUGUACAAAUCUGCUUGUUUAGCUUUUGAGAUCAUUUCAAUCGAAUAUCCUCAACUUCAUUUACCUGUUAUUAAAUUUUUGUACAAACAAAAACUAUUCCAUAUCAUUUUAAAUAAAAUAGGUAAAUACUUAUUAGACUACUCUGAAAAUCAUAUGAAUGCGUUUGUGUUUAUACUGAAAAUGACCCCACAUAAAGUUUUAAAAUUAAAUAUUGAAAAGGUUGGACCCAUUUUAUUUAAAUGCUUAGAAAUUAAAAAGGUUUCCACAGUUUUAAUUGCGUUACAAAUUAACAAAAAAUUUCUCGAUGAAAAGGAUGAAUAUUUUAGAAUACAUUUUAACUAUUUAAUUCCGCAAUAUUUAAAAUUAUCUGAAUAUAAAGAUUCCAUGGAAGUACGUAUAUUUAGCUUAAAAUGUAUUGAAACUAUUGGUCAAUAUCCACCAUAUACUUUACUGCCUUAUAAAAUGGAUGUUAUUUUGCAUUUGGCUUCCGCUUUAGAUGACAAAAAAAGAUUGGUUCGGAGUGCUGCAGUAAGUGCUAGAAAUUUGUGGUUUUUAAUAGGAUCUCCAACAGGAGGGGAAUAAAGUUCCAUAAAGUAUAAUUGAUAAAACAAAAUACAUUCAUAUAUGUACAACUAAAAUUCAAAACCCAAAAAAAAGUUUGUUUUGUAACAUUUGUAGUAAAAACUCUUAGAAAUAUCUUUGUAUAAUUAAUAAGAAACUAAAAAUAAAGAAUUUAAUCAAUUUUUACAUAUGCGU